GCUCCUCCACGGCCGCCCGCCCGCACCCCGUGCUCCCAGGACCCGGCGGACGCGCCGCGCCCCUGCUCCUCCUCGCCGCUGCCGCCGCGCGCGCGUUCCAGGGCUCUGGAGGCCAAGGGCAUGAUGCUUCAGGUCCUGGUAGGGGCUGUCCUCCCUGCCAUGCUGCUGGCCGCACCCCCACCCAUCAACAAGCUGGCCCUGUUCCCGGACAAGAGUGCCUGGUGUGAAGCCAAGAACAUCACGCAGAUUGUGGGUCACAGCGGCUGUGAGGCCAAGUCCAUCCAGAACAGGGCGUGCCUGGGACAGUGUUUCAGCUACAGCGUCCCCAACACCUUCCCGCAGUCCACAGAAUCCCUGGUGCACUGUGAUUCCUGCAUGCCGGCCCAGUCCAUGUGGGAGAUAGUGACCUUGGAGUGCCCAGGCCAUGAGGAGGUACCCCGAGUGGACAAGCUGGUGGAGAAGAUUGUACACUGUAGCUGCCAGGCCUGUGGCAAGGAGCCCAGUCACGAGGGGCUCAAUGUGUACGUGCAGAGCGAGGAUGGGCCGGGCUCCCCGCCGGGCCCGCACCCCCACCCGCACCCCCACCCCCACCCGCACCCCCACCCCCACCCGCACCCUGGCGGGCAGACCCCCGAGCCUGAGGAGCCUCCUGGAGUCCCCCACACGGAGGAAGAGGGGCCUGAGGACUGAGGGCCCCCAGCUCUUCCUUCCCUCUCAUCCCCUGUGGAAUGUUGGGUCCCACCCUCUGGGGAAGAGGGAGGGGAGAGGCUGAAGCCCUCCCCCCUUUGGCACUGGAUGGACUUGGAUUCAGACUUGGACUUGGAAUGCUGCCCGGUUGCCAUGGAGAUCUGAAGGGAGGGGUUUGGAGCCAAGCUGCACAAUUUAAUAUAUACAAGAUGGGGGGGGGGAGGAAGCAGAGACCUUCAGAGCUCUUUUUGGGAAGGGGGGUGCUCCUUCCUUUCUGCUUUCUAGACACAUGCCCUUGGGGUGAGAGGUAGUGAGCUAAGCUGCUGAGGAGGAGUGAGGCCCUCCAAGAUGGCAGGCCCAAGCCAGGGCCCUGAACAACCUCAUGUGGGGCAGGAUUCCCCAGGGGUGAGUGGAGGGUGGGCACCGUGCCAGCAUCCACCUUGCAGUAGGGGCCAGGCCAGGAAGACUGCUGGCAGAAGCAGGAAGCCCCAUCCCACAGUCUCCCCGUCCUCAGGAAAGCAGGCCCCUCAGUGCAGUGGUUUGGGGAGUCAGGCUGGGCAGGACCCUGCUGACUCAGGUGCCGGACCGUCGCUGGAGAAGAGUGUGGUCCGGAGAUGUCUCAGCAUCCCCCACCUCCCAAGUCUGAGGUCCCUGGGAAGCUGUUGGGACCAGUCCCACCGUCCUGGGGAAGAUCCUUCUGCGUAUGACACGGUGAUGGCUGGGGUUUGUCUCCUGCUUCCCGGGGUCCUCUGGGGACCAUAGUGGACAUGAGACCUAUGCUGACCUCGGCCUCUCUCUGGUUCCCCCUUCCACCCCUCCUCCCUCCCAGCUGCACUUUAUCCCUAGAGGGGUGUGGGAGCUGGGGUGGGGCAGGUGGUGAGGAAGAGCCUUCAUUCCCCAGGUCUGCCCGAGUACCUGUUUAUGCCCAGGGAACUGCCAACCCAACCACUGCCCUGGGGGUGCCCAGCCCAUUGAUAUUUGACGAGAGCUUUGAGCUUGUAACCAGUAGCCAUCUCCUCCGACCUGAGUGUCCUCAUGAAUAAAUGCCUUUAACGCCUG